UGCUUUUAAACACCUCCUUCAAGUUUGCAGUUGGGCAGGACUCCAAAGGUGCAGCAGCAGCAAUAAGCUGGAGUUCAAAGUUAGCAGUAAAUUGCACAACUUCCAGCUCAUCGCUACGCUCGCUGACUAUUAACAAGCUGAAAGGCGCCCAGGCAAAAAAAAUAGGGGAAAAGGGAACACCCUCGAAUUGUUUGGGGAUCGCUGAUGUUAUGCCGCUGGGAUCAUGGCUCCUUUUGGAAGGAAUUUAUUAAAAACACGGCAUAAAAACAGAUCUCCCAGCAAGGACAUGGCUUCAAAUGAAAGAGAGAUUGUGGUUUGGGUUUGCCAGGAGGAGAAGAUUGUAUGUGGCCUGACAAAGCGCACAACUUGCUCAGAAGUGAUUCAAGCACUGCUUGAGGAACAUCAGACAACAUUUGGAGAGAAAAAGGUCCUUUUUGGAAAACCUAGUGAUUACUGCAUUGUAGAAAAAUGGAGAGGCUCAGAACGAGUACUGCCUCCCUUGACAAAGAUUCUGAGACUUUGGAAGGCCUGGGGGGAAGAGCAGGUUAAUUUGCAUUUUGUAUUGGUAAAGUCAGAUGCUUUCCUCUCAUUUCCAUUAUGGAAGACAGCUGAAGCCAAGGUGGUACAAAAUGUAGAAAAGCAGUGGGACCUCAGUCCAGCAAACUACAUGAAGAUGUUGCCAAUAGACAAGCAAAAGAAAAUUGUGAGGAAGACUUUCCGGAAACUAGCCAAGCUUAAGCAGGACAGUGUUCAGCAAGAGAGAGAUAAUAUGGAGACACUGAUUCAUCUGAUAAUUUCUCAAGAUCAUACCAUUCAUCAACAAGUCCUUAGAAUGAAGGAACUAGAUAUGGAAAUUGAAAAAUGUGAAGCAAAAUUCCAUCUAGAUCGUGUGGCAAAUGAUGGAGAAAAUUAUGUGCAGGAUUCCUAUUUAAUGAUCAAUACAAGUGAGUCUGAGCAGCAAGGGAGUAGACCAGACGAUCAGAAAGAGAUGCAUGACUAUCUGAACAAAAGUGAGGGAAUUGUACAGGUUGAAGAGAGACUGAAACAUCACAAACAAUUAAUAGAGAACCUGUGUGCUGAAAUUGAAAGAGAAGUACACGGUAUAUGUAUGGAAAAAAAUGGAGAGGAUGUUCAAACAGAAGGAGUAGGUAGUCCUGAACUGGAAAUCUCAGAUUUGGAAAGUGUAAAAUAUGAGCUGGAAAAAAGUAUGAAAGAUGGUCUGAGAAUCAGCUCAUACCUGAGCUGCAUCCAGAAAGAACUUACAUACAGGGACUCACUGCUUCAAAAGAAAGAAAAAGAAUAUGAACUUCUUACAGAAGAGUUUAAUUUACUACACGUUAAAGACAACAUUGAAACUAGGUUUCAGUCAAAUGAAGAGCCGUCCAAGGGCAGUGGCAUCUCCAGUAACAGCAUUGCUGUUCCUGACUUUGUUCAUAGAGUGACUAAUCUGGACAUAAAUGAUACAGACUCUGACACUGGAAUCAGCUCUACACACAGUCAGGACUCUGAAAUAACUGCAGGGGACAUGGUACUGUUGUCAACAUAGUUGAAAACAGUUAAGCAUUUUCAAAAAUCUUAUUUUGGAGGAUAUUUAUAAGAAUUAGUAAACCUGUUGUCUUGAAAGUUAAGCUCUUCAAGGUAUUAAAGAUGUGGCACUGCUUUAGCAAGGUAAAGAGUGUCUAUUUGUGUCCUUAAUAGUAUACUUGUUCUAGAAUGCUGUGUGUUAGAAUAGGUUAACUGGUCAUAGGUGCAAAGUUGUUGGCUUCACUAUGAUAAACACACUGUUUGACACACUAUUUAGACUUUGUAAUGGUUGAUACUCAGUGAAAUGGGAGCAUUCUGACUGGCUUAGGCCAAAAGUCUGGAGAUUUCAUACCCUUUGGUCUGUGGGUCCACUCCUGCAUCUCCCUAAUUUUUUAGGAGCAUGAAGUAGAGACUAGAGAAAAUAAGACCAAGAAGUUGAUUUUCUCCUCUGUUACAUUAAUUUUAUGCAGACUGAGUUUCCUUGCUAUGAAGCUCCUGUAAAAGAUUAUAUAAUUGAGCAUUUAAUCUGUUAAAAAUAGUUUUUAUGACAAUGUAGAACAGAGGAAAUAUAUUUGCAUUUAUGCUGUAUUUUUAAAUUUAGUUUAUAUAUAAUAUCAGGAUGAUAUUUUUAAAAACUCCUAAGUCCCAUUUUAAAAAUUACCUUCCACACAUGGGUUUUUAACUUUGAUUCUCUUUCAGCAGCUUUUAUCUGCUUUUAAGAUCCUUAAACCCCCUACUUAUCUGCUGUUACCCUGUAGUUGCCACAGUGAUGUUUAAGUCCAUGGAGCUCCUGCCAACAGGCAUGUCAGAACUGCUUACCUCCCGCUAGUGCGAGCCACUCCAAUUCCAGGCUCACACCUAACCCUAGGGGCAUUUUCAGCAAGACUUUCUCCUACCUAUCUCACCGGUUGGAUUCAGUGUUUUAAGCCUCUUGAAAUCAUAUCUACCAAAAAAAGGGUAACAGAAGCAACAGUUAGGAACUAGAUAUUUUAGUCUCUGGCUAAACACUGUUUCCCAAUAGCCGGCUAGCAACUAUUUUCAUAUGGCAAGUAGGUUUUCAAAUCCCAUCACAUACUGUUUUGGAGUAAGAAACUGUAAAUCCUAUUUCCUCAGUGAGGACUUUGGGAUAUAGAUAAAACUGAUCCACUUUAUGCAGUUAAUAAAAUAUUGGGCUCCAGGUAAAAUAAAAUUAAAAAAAAAAAAAAAAAAAGGGGGGGGGGACUCAAAAUGAGAAUUUUGCAACUAUGUGGUUAAGUCAAUUUUUUUUUUUUUUUUUAAAUUUAGGAUGUAGUUUAUCUCAAACCCUUCUCCAGCAUAUUGCUGUACAUCCAAAACAAAACUGUAGAAUUGAGUUGUCUCAGUUACUAAACAAAAUUUCUAACUGAGUGCUAGCAGCUCUUCUAAUAGCGAGCACAUCCAUAAUUUCUGGGUUGCCAUGUUCAUAUUUUGUAGAUCAAUCUGUUUAAUAAUUAUGAUUAGAAGAGUUGAAAGGAGAAAUAAUUACAAUAUUUCUGAAUAAAGUUCAGUUCUGCAAAAAUCAAAGCAGUCCUGGAAUUAACAGCCUACAAAAUUUAAAAAAUGGACAGUACUUAGAAGGUGUAAAUGUAAAAUUCUUACAGAUACAAUGCUCUUUUUUUUCUGUAAUUUUCUUCUCUCAAGUGUCUGUCAACCACGUAUUUUCUAAAAUGGCCAAUGUACUAGGACUGCUUAUUAGCACAUAUUUAGUGCAGGAAAAAACAAAACAAAACAAACAAAAAACAACAACAAAAAAAUUUGUAAAAAGAAAAUUUUUGUAGUUUAUUUCUUGUGGGGUUUUUUUCCUAAUCCUGGAUAUUAUAAAUAGAUUCUGUUUCAGCAAAGUGUGCUAGUUGCCUUAAUAUAUUUUGUGUUGUAUUUUUUUCUUACAAUGUUAUUUGAAUGCUUCAGUAACAAUAUGUAAUAUUUAGACUCAUCAGCUCCUCAUGGAAACAUAUGUAUGAAAUAUCUUAUCUUUGUAAUAAUUUAUUAAUGCAACUCUGCAUCUUUUGACCUCUGUGGUAUCACUCUGACAAGUAGUUAAGCCCAGAGCUCUGUAUGCCGAGAGUAGACUAAUGUAUUCUUUGAGUUCUUAUGAGUUUAGUUACCAAUAGCUACAAUUUCUGUCGAGUAAUUUUUUUAUAUAUAAAUGCUUAGAGGAUAGAGAAUUGAAACAGAGUAAUAUACACAUCUGUGCAGGCUAUUACAAGACCCCUGGGGGGGGGGGGGGAAAUUAAUUUCUACUCAUACUCUACCAGGUUUAUUUUGCUCAUAGGAACUUGUGUGGGUUCUCUCAACAGACCUUUAUCCACACUUGGUGGUUGACUGUAUCUCCCCUGCAACUUGUAGGUCUUAAAAGUAUUACUGUGUUUUAAGAAGAAAAUAGGAAAAAUAGGGGAAGUGAGAGUAUUUCUUAAAAAAAUAAAACAAUAUUAAAAAUCCAUUGUUUUGAAGCAUUUAUUUGAAGUUUGUACUUUGAUAUCUCAAAUAAACUUUUUUUCCUUGAGAA